GUCGCCAUGGAUUGAUCCUUGUUCUCUACUACCCAGAAUUUUAUUUUAUCUACAACCCAUUGACCAUCUUCGUUGUUAGUGCUUGAUCGGGCUUCGGAGACUGAAAACUAAGCCUCCACUCUUCACUUCACUCUUCAGAGGAACAGAGAAAGAGAUAAUCGAAGAUGGGUAAAGGAGGGAUGUCUCAUGGUGUUAAUGAAGGGGAAGAGAACAUGGCUGCUUGGCUUCUUGGUGUCAAUAAUCUUAAAAUUCAACCUUUCAAGCUUCCUCCUAUUGGCCCUCAUGACGUUAGAGUUCGGAUUAAAGCUGUGGGUAUCUGCGGAAGUGAUGUUCACUACCUCAAGACCAUGAGUUGUGCAGGUUUUAUUGUUAAGGAGCCCAUGGUAAUUGGGCAUGAAUGCGCUGGGAUCAUAGAAGAAACUGGGUCUGAAGUGAAGCACGUCGUUGUGGGAGACCGUGUUGCUCUGGAGCCUGGGAUCAGUUGCUGGCGCUGCAAUCUCUGCAAAGAAGGCAGCUACAAUCUAUGCCCUGAGAUGAAGUUUUUUGCAACUCCUCCAGUUCAUGGUUCUCUUGCCAAUCAGGUUGUGCAUCCUGCAGAUCUAUGUUUUAAGCUGCCUGAUAAUGUAAGCUUAGAAGAAGGGGCAAUGUGUGAGCCCCUUAGUGUUGGUGUCCAUGCUUGUCGCCGUGCUAAUAUUGGGCCCGAGAAGAAUGUGUUGAUUAUGGGAGCGGGUCCCAUCGGGCUUGUUACAAUGCUAGCAGCUCGAGCUUUUGGAGCCCCUAGGAUUGUCAUUGUGGAUGUUGAUGAUAACCGUUUAUCUGUUGCAAAGAAACUUGGUGCAGAUGAAAUUGUUAAAGUUUCAAUUAAUAUUCAGGAUACUGCUGAAGAAGUGGUUCAAAUAAACAAGGCUAUGGGAACUGGAGUGGAUGUGACUUUUGACUGUGCAGGCUUUAACAAAACUAUGUCUACAGCUCUGGGUGCUACCCGUGCAGGUGGUAAGGUGUGCCUUGUGGGAAUGGGCCAUAGUGAGAUGACUGUUCCUCUUACUCCAGCAGCUGCAAGAGAGGUGGACAUUAUCGGCAUCUUCCGCUAUAAAAACACUUGGCCCCUUUGCCUUGAGUUUCUGAGUAGUGGAAAGAUUGAUGUGAAGCCCCUAAUAACCCACAGGUUUGGGUUUUCACAAAAGGAGGUAGAAGAAGCCUUUGAAACCAGUGCUGGUGGAGGUAAUGCCAUCAAAGUGAUGUUUAAUCUGUAGAUGAAA